UAGCAAUUGUGGUCGCAUUUCGACAACUUGUUUUUAACAACUCAACUAGAGAGUCAUAUUCUAGUUUCUUAGGACCAGUAAAUGCUGAGAAGGCAAAAAGAAAAUGGAGUUACACUAUAAAUGAGUCUCGCGUUUUCUUAGGACAAAGUAUUGCUGAGAAACUAGUAGAUAACUCGAGUCACACUAUAAAUGAAUCUCUGGUCCCUAACAUAGUGCAUUACAUAUGGGUGGAUUUAAAAGGAUCAUACAAUUUUACCUUUCUACCGGCAGUUAGCUUCAUUAGUGUCCACAAGAACUGGAAACCGGAUGAAAUUUUGGUGCAUGUAAAUAAUAACAAUCGCCCCCAUGGGCAGUGGUGGGAUUAUGUGACGUCUAAUGUAACAACAAAAAUACGAUUUUUAGAAUAUAAUAUGAGCCAAAUAGACAUAUUCGGGGAAAAGCCAAAAUAUGUUGAACA